GUGUGGCCAUGGGCCUCACGGCCAGCUCGGAGCAGCCGGAGGGAGGGGCGGAGGGCUUCCACCUGCACGGGGUCCAGGAGAACUCUCCGGCCCAGCAGGCGGGCUUGGAGCCCUUCUUCGACUUUAUCAUCACCAUUGGCCAUGCGAGGCUGAACAGGGAGAGCAGCACCCUAAAGGACCUGCUAAAGGCCAACAUGGAGAAGCCCGUGAAGCUGGAGGUGUACAGCAUCAAGACCCUGAAGGUGCGCGAGGUGGAGGUGGUGCCCAGCAACAUGUGGGGCGGCCAAGGCCUGCUGGGGGCCAGCGUGCGCUUUUGCAGCUUCCACAGGGCCAACGAGCACGUGUGGCAUAUCUUGGACGUGGAGCCUUCCUCCCCCGCGGCCCUGGCUGGCCUCCGACCCUAUACAGACUAUGUGGUUGGCUCAGACCAGAUUCUCCAGGAGUCCGAGGACUUCUUCACGCUCAUUGAGACCCACGAGGGGAAGCCCCUGAAGCUGAUGGUUUAUAACUCUGAGACGGACUCGUGCCGCGAGGUGGUUGUCACUCCCAACGGUGCCUGGGGUGGAGAAGGAAGUCUAGGGUGUGGAAUCGGAUAUGGGUAUUUGCACCGAAUCCCAACUGUUGGCCCAAAGAAACCCCCAGAGACUAGUCCAUCCAUGGCUCCAGGCCCUGAAACCCUGUUGUCUAGCCCAGGCCAGGGAGGCUACACAGAGGCUUUGCUCCAGGCACCAGAUUCCCCAUUUGAUCAGGCUGAGGAUGUCCUCGACCCCGACCAAACCUCAGCCUCAGAGAGGGACGCUUAUUCCAGGGAGACAUCACUUCAGCCACCGCCUCCUGUCCAGCGAGUCAUGGACCCAGGGUUUCUGGAUGUUUCCGGUAUCACUCUUCUGGAUACCACUGCGGUUCCAAACCUGCCCAACACAGCUUCUUCUGUCUCCCUCCACACUUUGGGGGGUUCUCUGAUGGGAACUGAGAGUGUCCUCCCUGGCAGAGAAGAGGAAGCUGCAGGAUUAGGGCUGGACCAUGAGGGCUCCCUCCUGGACGACUCCGGGCCACACGGGCAGCCAGACCCUGGCUCAGUUGCACCCUUUCCCAACAAUAUUGGCUCCAAGGCAGCGCUUGAGACUGAUGAAGCCCCCGAGCUUGUCCCGGCCCGGGCUGAUGCACUGCCUGCCGGGGAGAACGGGGUGCCAGCAGAAGGUGAGGGGGCAGACACCACCCUCGAGUAACACCCCUACGUGGACGGCUCCUGCCCCCAGGACACUCGCCUGUGUCUCUGCUGACCACACAGUCUUGCUCUGGAUUUGGAGACAGAUGGUGUGGAGCUUCCAGGGUGGCCCCGGGCCCCGGGCAGAUCCCCAACUGGACGCUCGGUCCUGACAGCUUCUUGGGUGACCCUCGGAGCCCUGGGCCUUAAGCGGCCUCUCACUGAACUCCUGGAUCUUUGGGGUAGGAAAAAAGCUGGGAGGCUCCUGUGGGCUGAGCAGUGUGGGCAGCAGCCCAGGCAGGCCUAGCUGGAGGAUGGGUGGACGUCUUCCUCCACCCCCGCGUGAGGCAGCUGGUCUGUGUGAAGGAAGCAGCACCUGGGGCGGAGGGUGAGGCCUUCAGGAGUCCGGGGUUCGGGGCUGACCCCAAGGGCCAGAGCGGCUUCCAGGGCUGGGGUUUCUCAGAGACCAGCUGCCACUUCUGGGUCCGGAAUUGAUUAUUUAUGAAGUGAUUGAUGCAGAGGCCCUCUGGAGGGGAUGGAUGGCUGAAUGGUGCCUCCAAGGGGGGGGGUCUGAGGAGAAAGGCCUCUCCGGUGGGGGCUGGGGAGCCCCUACUUUUUGGGGUGAAGGGGAUUUCCUAUGCUGGUCCCCCUGGAUGGUCCUACACUGCCAGGGAGACUCCAGAGUGUAUCACGAAGGAGGGAUGGACAAAGUGGGGGACUGACUGAAGGGCCGGGCCCCCUCUCCCCUGGUUUGAAGCCCGAAGCAUGCCCGUCCCCAGGAGGAUGGCGGCCAGGGCUUGGGGUGGGCACAGGCAGCCUCGAGAGCUUUGGCUUGUCGUGAUUCCCAGUUAUGGCCAGGUGCAUGGGGGCGCCGCGGCCUUUUUAUAAAGAUGCUUUAGUUUGCCGGGG